CUUUAACUGCUUAGCUAGUUUCGUUAUGUUACCUAUUAAUUAUUCUUGUUUUAAUUUAUUUCUAUGUAUAAUUAAAAAUUGUCCUUUACUGUAAUCUUUUUUGGUUGAGUAUGGCUUCGUUUAUUUUUAAAUAUAUAUAUUACGACAAAGAACAAACAAACUUUUGUGGAAAAUAGUAAAAGUGUACCUGAUUUAUAUACAAUGGCUAUUUGCGAGUUAAGAGGAUUGUUAUUGACCGUUUGUAUUAUCGAAUUGAUCAUCACCGUACAACGACAAGUGUUUGACUUCUUAGGUUUCAUGUGGGUACCCAUAAUCGCUAACUUCGUGAAUAUUCUUCUGAUAAUAUUUGGAUCCUUUGGAGCAGUUCAAUACAUUACGAAGUACCUAAUAGCGUAUGCAAUAUGGAGUUUUAUGUGGCUAACAUGGAAUAUAUUUUUAAUAUGCUACUAUCUUGAUCUUGGAUCAUUGAAUAGGGAAAGUGGCCUGCUAUCCUUUGGGACUGGCAGUGUUAGCUGGUGGGAAGGCAAUGGCUGGGGCUGCCAGACAGUAUGGAGCGAGGAAGAUGGCCCCGGCUCACUGAGGCCCACCCGCGUGGAUGGCUGCUUCCUCCCAUGGCAUCAUGUGGAGCUUACACAGUCUGCUGUAGCGGCUUUUCUCACAAUUGCUGCAUUGCCACUCUCCAUUCUCUUGACUAUUCAGUCAUAUAAGAGAAGAAAACCAUCAGGAGUGUCAGUAAAAGGCACUCUACCACGUCGGCCAGUCUACACGAUAGAGCUCAGCCCCACCGAAACAAAUGUAAGCGAGAGUUCCCUAAAACCGAUGACGCCGCGUCGAGUCAAGCGCAGAUCGGGCUCGCGAGGCGCCGGUUCGUCCGUCCGAAGAUCCCGACGAUCGUACAGAAACAACGGCUACCUCGCGUCCACCGCCUCGCUGCCCCGCGAGCCGCGCUCCCGUCCCACCUCGGCGCACUCGUCAUACUCUAACUUCCACGCCGCUCGCCCCGCCUCCUACCACGCGCCCGAUCCGGACGCGACCCGCUCCCGCGACGUCUACGAGCCGCCGCCCCCGACCGAGUCGGUCACCAUCACCACGCAGCGGUACGACACGAUUCGCGGGCCCGGCGCCGGCUACGACGUCGCCGGGCCGUACGACCGGCCCCAAAAAUACGAUCAUCGAAAUUACGAAUCGAACCCGACGUACGGCAACGUGACGCAGGAGUACUCUGCUCAGUACGACGUGCGCGCGGAGUCGGUGCCCCCGUGCGAGUCGCCGUACGGGCUGGGGCGUGGCUGCGGCGCGUGGGAGGCGCCGCCCUACAGCGCGCGCGCCGCCGCCGCCACGCCGCAGGCGCCCGGCCCGCCCGCCUACCAGCAGAACGACUAUAACAUGAUGCCCUAGUUGAUAGUUUUACUCCCACAAAUGUCACACGGAUGCAAUAAAUUUUACUUCAAAAGAAGUGAUACAUGAACCAUAAAGUUACUCACGUAGAUGCAGCGGAGCAAACGCAACGCCGAGUUUUUCCCUAUGUGCCUUUUUCCAGUGACUGUUUUCUAGCUCAAUGUUAAAUAUUAUCUUUUUUGAUGUCAGCGAUGCGUCUGUUGUGGCGAUCGUUUGAUACUUAGACGUAUUUGCAAUUUCCUAAAGUAUCGUUUAAGACUUUCUGGACUAAUAAGAAUCUCCUUGUUGUGAUGUAUAAAAUACAUUCCUUUUAUUAUUUGUUAGGUUUAAGAAUGUGACGCCUGUUAUUUCUACUGUUGAUCGUAAGAAGUAUUUUAAUGAUCGUAUUUGUACUUAGCACGAGUUAAAUGUUUGUCUUAAAAAAAUGUGAAGCUUUUAUACCAAUCUGAUUUAAAAUCCGAAUUACUAACUAGUGUUAGGAUACUUUAUAAUGUUUGUGAACUAAGCAGCUGAUAUUCCAUUCCAUUCCAUUCUAAUGUUGUCACUGUUAUACUCUUAAUAACAAAAUCAACAACGAUAUUGUUGCCAUAAAUAUAAUACAUAAACUGUAAUUAAAAUCAUUCCAACUGGACUGUAUGUAAGUUGCGAUUUGCAAAGCACGACAGCUGUCGUUACACAUUUUGUAGGUACUUUUAAGUAUAAGAUUAAACUAGAGGUUGAAUCUUUAUUGUUUGCACAAUAGCACUAAAUGAAUCUCAAUAUACAUAGAUGUUUUUACCAAUAAUAAUUAAUUGUAGUCUUGCCAAGUGUCCUUUGUAAUGUUGUCCGUCCAAAGUAACAUUAAAAAGUAAUAGCCAAUAGCUAUGACAAGAUUUAAAUGUUAGAUCUGAAUGCAAGUUCGUAGUUCAUCAUCAUCAAAUUAAGGUCAUUUUACAUAUCUAUGCGUCCUACUCGUAUUGUUGUGAAUCAACAUGUUACAAAUGUGGUCCAAUACUUAAUUACUAGAAAAAUGAGCUUUAUUAGUUGUAAGUCAAGUAAUUAUUUUUUUAGUUUAUUUUUAAGGAAAACUUUCCAGGUAAUUUUAUACCAAAUACACACUUAUGGAUAAAAA